ACAGCCGCUCUCACUUGUGCGCCUCAUCACCGCCGCGUCCAGGGCUGAACGCGUGUGAUGGGAAGCACUACCUCCCUCCUUCAUGCGUAAAUUAUGUAGGGCAGGACGGGAAUGCUUUGCUACCUCCAUUUGAGAAAACCCGGCCAUUAAAUGUGAGGAGUUAGGGGGGGGGAAGAAAAAAAAAAACAAAACACAAGAAAUCCCCUAAAAGCCAUCUUCGUCUUCAACCAGCGUUUGACCGAGGCGGUGGUAGCGCAUCACGACUUGCCUAUUGUGAAGCCAAGGAGAAGAAAAGAUGGACAUCACGGAUCAAGGAGCUCAAAUGGAGCCGCUCUUACCCACGGAGCAAAGUUCCCAAGAAAAUAAAGACGUGAGAACUGAUGAGGAGGCAGUGGUUGACCGCGGGGGCACACGCUCCAUGCUCAACACCAACUUUGAGAAGGAAGAGCUAGAAGGUCAUCGCACUCUCUACAUCGGGGUUCACGUACCCCUGGGCAGGAGGUCGCACCGACGUCACCGCCACCAUGGACACAGACACAGGAAGAGGUCCAAGGAGAGGGACUCCACGGCUGACGACGGACGAGAAUCCCCCUCUCACACAGACACACCAGCUCAGAGGGUGCAGUUUCUCUUGGGGACGGAGGACGGCGACGAGGAACACAUCCCCCACGCCCUAUUCACCGAGCUGGAUGAAAUCUGUCUGAGGGAGGGAGAGGACGCCGAAUGGAAAGAGACAGCCAGGUGGCUUAAGUUUGAGGAGGAUGUGGAGGAUGGCGGUGAGCGGUGGAGUAAACCAUACGUAGCCACUCUGUCUCUACACAGUCUAUUCGAGCUUCGCAGCUGCAUCAUGAACGGAACCGUGAUGCUGGACAUGAGGGCCAGCUCGCUGGAGGAGAUUGCAGACAUGGUUCUGGAUCAGCACGAAGUGUCGGGCCCAGUGGGUCAGGAUGCCAGGAGGAGGAUCCGCGAGGCCCUGCUCAAACAGCACCACCACCAAAACCACAAGAAACUGGCCAACCGCAUCCCCAUUGUACGCUCCUUUGCCGACAUAGGCAAGAAGCAGUCUGAGCCUCAUUCCAUGGACAAGAAUGGCCAAACGGUCUCACCUCAGUCCCAGCCGGCCAACAAUGAGGGCAAACAGGACGUCAGCCGAGAAAACAGCGCCGUCGACUUCAGCAAGAUUGACCUCCACUUCAUGAAGAAGAUCCCUCCUGGUGCUGAGGCGUCCAACGUCCUGGUGGGGGAGCUGGAAUUCUUAGACCGCCCUGUAGUGGCGUUUGUCCGCCUGGCUCCUGCUGUGCUGCUCAACGGCCUGGCUGAGGUUCCCAUCACCACCAGGUUUCUUUUCAUCCUGCUUGGCCCUCUGGGAAAAGGUCCCCAGUAUCAUGAAAUUGGCCGGUCUAUUGCUACUCUGAUGACUGAUGAGAUUUUCCAUGAUGUCGCUUACAAAGCCAAAGACAGGAACGACCUGGUGGCGGGCAUUGACGAGUUUCUGGACCAGGUGACGGUGUUACCCCCCGGAGAGUGGGACCCCUCCAUCAGAAUAGAGCCUCCCAAAAAUGUGCCCUCUCAGGAAAAGCGGAAGAUUCCUCCUGUUCCCAACGGAGUGACAGAUCUCGGUGAGUCAGAGGAGCACGGAGGACACGGCGGCCCUGAGCUCCAGCGAACUGGGAAGGUGUUUGGCGGCUUUGUCUUUGACAUCAAGCGAAAGGCUCCUCACUACCUUUCCGACUACACGGAUGCCGUCAGUCUGCAGUGUCUGGCCUCUUUCCUCUUCCUCUACUGCGCCUGCAUGUCACCUGUCAUCACCUUCGGCGGGCUCCUGGGGGAGGCCACAGAGGGACGUGUGAGUGCUAUCGAGUCCCUGUUUGGGGCUUCCAUGACGGGAAUCGCCUACUCUCUUUUCGCUGGUCAGCCUCUCACCAUCCUGGGCAGCACGGGGCCGGUUCUUGUCUUCGAGAAGAUCCUCUUCAAGUUCUGCAAGGACUAUGGCCUCUCCUACCUCUCCCUGAGGGCCUGUAUUGGCCUGUGGACGGCCUUCUUCUGUCUGCUGCUGGUGGCCACUGAUGCCAGCUCACUUGUCUGUUACAUCACACGCUUCACCGAGGAAGCUUUUGCGUCGCUGAUAUGCAUCAUCUUCAUCUACGAGGCCCUGGAGAAGCUAAUCCACCUGGGAGUGCAUUACCCCAUCAACAAAAACAACAACCUUCAGAAACUCACGCAAUACUCGUGCGCUUGUGUGGAGCCCAGGUACCCCAGCAACGAGACCCUGCGCUUCUGGGAGGAGAGGAACAUCACGGCCUCGCAGGUCAACUGGACCAUGCUGGAGGUCAAGGAGUGCGAGAUGUUGCACGGGGAGUUUGAAGGCACCGCCUGCGGCCCCCACGGCCCCUACAUCCCCGACGUCCUCUUCUGGUGCGUGGUCCUCUUCUUCUCCACCGUCUUCAUGUCCGCCUUCCUCAAGGAGUUCAAGACAAGCCGCUACUUCCCCACCAAGGUGCGCUCCAUCAUCAGUGACUUCGCCGUCUUCAUCACCAUCCUCACUAUGGUGUUAGUAGAUUACGCCCUGGGGAUCCCCUCCCCUAAAUUACAGGUCCCCAGCAAUUUCAAACCAACCAGGGAUGAUCGUGGCUGGGUUAUAAACCCUGUGGGGCCCAACCCCUGGUGGACCACCAUCAUCACCUUCAUCCCAGCUCUCCUCUGCACCAUCCUCAUUUUUAUGGACCAGCAGAUCACAGCUGUCAUCAUCAACAGGAAGGAGCACAAAUUGAAGAAAGGCUGUGGCUACCACCUGGACCUGUUUGUGGUGGGGGUGAUGCUGGGAGUGUGCUCGGUGAUGGGCCUGCCGUGGUUCGUGGCAGCCACCGUGCUCUCCAUCUCCCACGUCAACAGCCUGAAGCUGGAGUCGGAGUGCUCCGCCCCCGGAGAGCAGCCCAAGUUCUUGGGCAUCCGAGAGCAGCGGUUCACCGGCCUCAUGAUCUUCACCCUGAUGGGCUGCUCGGUCUUCAUGACCUCUGUGCUGAAGUUUAUCCCCAUGCCUGUGCUGUACGGAGUCUUUCUGUACAUGGGGGCGUCCUCACUCAGAGGUAUUCAGUUCUUCGACCGACUCAGGCUGUUCGGCAUGCCGGCCAAACACCAGCCAGACUUCAUCUACCUUCGCCACGUCCCUCUGAGGAAGGUCCACCUCUUCACCAUCGUCCAGCUCAGCUGCUUGGCCCUGUUGUGGAUCAUCAAGACCUCCAAGGCUGCCAUCGUCUUCCCCAUGAUGGUCUUGGCCCUGGUGUUCAUUCGUAAGCUGCUGGACUUCAUCUUCACCAAGAGGGAACUGAGCUGGCUGGAUGACUUGAUGCCGGAGUGGAAGAAGAAGAAGUUGGAGGAUGCUGCAGAAGAGGAGGAACACAGUAUUAUUGCAGAGGAGGAAGGCAUUGUUCAAGUGCCACUGGAGGGACACUACAAGAGUGACCCGGCCACAGUGAACAUCACUGACGAGAUGUCCAAAGGAUCUUUCGGGAAUGUAUGGAAGAGCGUCAGCCCAGCUGAGAGCAUGAAGAAGGAACCAAGCGCUAAAAGCUCCCCUUCCUAACCUUUCAGAAGCUGAUAUAGCCAAAGUUGCACCAGUGGUGGCGAAAAGCGACACAAGCGGCGGAGGCAUGAGAAGAGCUUGGACAGGGAGACAAGUUUGUGAUGACACAUACUGGCGGUGCCACUGUGCUGUCAAUCAGUAGAUCAAAAAACAAAAAAAAUCUAUACCGUGCCACACUCAACCACCUUUGUACUGUGCUACACUGUGUUUUUUGUCAUGUAAGUCUGUGUGCAAGUUGUGUAAAACAAAGAAAAAUUUGUUAGAAACAGUAUUAACGCGAGGAAACCGAGACACAUUUGUGUUCUUUUUCUAUGUAUAUCAAUGUUUGGUGAUACCAGCAACAGAGGGAAGCCAGAAUUAUAUGACACUUACAGUAACUGCUGUGUCGAUGGGCCAAUUACAUAAAAAAUUUUAAACAA